GAACGUGGGUGUGAACACUGACAGUGAGCCACAGUGUCUGUGGGAGUGGAAGCGGUGGCAUUGAGAAGGAGUGUGGACGUACACAUACACACCCGGAGCAGCGGAACGAGCAGAGGACUCACUCACAGCCGAGGUUCACCUGUCCUGUUGGGAUUGUUUUCUCGUCGGAAGCCGGUGCCAGGUGACCUGUCAACAUGUUCAAGAAAAAGUCCAAGACCACCGCGAUAACGCAGCCAAUUACAAGCGCUCCGUCCACAGAACUGAGCACUCUGAUCGACAAGCUGCAGAAGAAUGCUGAUAAAGUGGAGAAGUACAGCUAUGACAUCGAGCAGAACCUCAACAAGGAUGUGAGUAAGAUCAACGAGGGGAAGCAGCCUCUGUAUCAGGAUGAUACCAACAAGAGAAUCCUCAGCUCUCUAGAACUGCUCACCAGCCUGGAUGAGGACGCCGUCAAUGCCAAGCGCCUCCAGCAUCCGCAGGCCGAGAUGAUAGAGAAGGACAUGAGGCAGCUGCGUGAGAAAGUGCUGAAGCUGAAAGAAGACCAUGACCGUAUCUACCACCUGACCCGCACUGAGGGGAAGCCCAGCAUCAACUGGGGCAACAUGAUGGAUGAGAAACUGGACAACCUGAACAACAAGGGCUUUGGCCAGGACCUGCCAUCUGUGGAGAACGAGGUGGAGGAACACAACAUCUUCCACAGUGAGGUGGAGGCUCUGGCUCCUCACAUCUCCACCAGCGGAGACAAGGAAUACGUCAGUAGCCUCCAGAUGAAGUACGCCAAACUACUGGCCACUUCCAGCGCUCGUCAGCGCAACCUGCUGAGCCUGCGGGACUACAUGCAGCGCUGCACCAAUGAGCUGUACUGGAUGGACCAGCAGGCCGAGGAGAGGUCCAGCUAUGACUGGAGCGACGCCAACCUGGACUACCCCGCUCGCCAGAGGCAGUAUGAGAACUUCAUUAGUAAAUGUCUGGAGUCCAAGGAGGCCUCCGUCACCAAACUGAAUGAGGAUGGAGAGAAGCUGAUUGCUUCUGAGCAUCCAGGGAAGAAUGUUAUUGAGGCUCACAUGGAGGCGGUCCAUGCUGACUGGAAGGAGUACCUGAACCUGCUCAUCUGUGAGGAAAAUCACCUCAAACACAUGGAUGAGUACCACAAGUUCCAAAAGGAAGCGCGUGACACUCAGGACCUGCUGAAGCGGAUGGACACGGACCUCAACCAGAAGUACAACCCAGAGUUCAAAGAUAUGUAUCAGACAGAGGGCCUGAUAACGGAGCUGGAUGACCAAGCUAAGGCCAUGGACCACUUUGAUGAACGGGUCAAGGCUCUUCAGAAGCGCAGCCUGCAGGUUUUGCCUCUGAAGUACCGCCGGGAAACCCCCAAGAAGAUGCUGCCCAUUGAGGCUCUGUGCGAGUUUGACACAGACAGCGGGCAGAUUUUGCGUGGGGCGAGUUACACUCUGCUCCGGAACAAUGGGACCAAAUGGGAUGUAAAGGAUGCAGCUGGACAUCAGUUCACUGCCCCGGCCGUCUGCUUCAUGAUCCCCCCCACUGCCCCCGAGGCACUGGCAGUCUCUGACAGCCUGGCAAACCAGCAAAAAGCUGUCAAGCAGAAGGUGGCGAGCAGCAGUGCAGCUCUGCAGAAACGCUUCGUUGAGCUGAAGAAGGAGAGCGGGUCUGGCACAGCUACAGACAAACAGGAGCAGCAGUGCCGCCAGCUGAUGGCCGGUCUGGACAAGGUUGCCAAUGACCUGGACAAACAGGAGAAGAACAUUUAUGCUCGAGUGCGCCCACCACUGGAGCAGAACAGGCCACUGCAGGACAGCGCCGACCGCAUGCAGGAUAUGAGGGACAUUGCUGCUGCUGUCAGUAAGAUUGAACCAGAGAAGUCCUCUAAAGUGCAGGAAGCAAAGAGCUUCUUGGUCUCAAAUCCAACUUGUGCCAGCGCUCCUCAACUUCACAGCAAGGUGGACGAAGCAAACAAGAAGUACACCAAGAUCGAGCAGCUUCUUCAGUGCUCUCAGGAGAAACUGAAGAAUUCCAACCAGCUGGAGACUUCCAUUCAAAAUGGAAAGACUUUACUGUCUACCUACGAGAACAAGCUGGCCAGGGAGGAGGUUGCUCCGUCUGACAUCAGCUCACUCGAGAAAACACAGCGGGAACUUUCAGAUACUGCAUCCGACUUGAGGUCCAAGAGGUCAGUUAUCGCUGAGUCGGAGCAGAACCUGCGUUCGGCCAAAAGCAGCUGUGACAACAUGGCCAACAAAUUCCAAGAGCACUGCCCCGACAUUGAGAGGCAAGAGGCUGACGUCCAGAAGCUCAACAAGCGUUUCGACAACCUCAACCGGCAGACCGACGCCAGGUCUCAAAGCUUGCAGAGAGCUAAGAUGUCGUACAACAAUUACCGCAAUGAUUAUGAUAAUCUGAACAGCUGGUUGUCUCGUGUCCCAAACUACGAGCCCCGUGAAACUGAUGACACAAAACAAGUGGAGACCAAGCUGAAGAAUCAGAGGAACUUGCUCUCUGAUAUUGCAAGAAAGGAGUCUGACUUGAACAACGUGUCCAAAAAUGCCCAGCUUUACCAACAUGCUGUCAAAGACUACGAGAAUGAAACGGAGAAGUUUAGAUCCAUCCUUGACCUUGAAGAUGGACUUGUACCUCAAACAUACAAGAGGAACAGACUGGAAUCACCUGCAUUGAUAGUCAAGGGAGAGGAAUCCGCCAUUGAGGCAAGGUUUACCGAGGUGAAUGCUGUGAACAAGCAAAGGCUUCAGAAUCUGGAGUUUGCCCAAAGUCUUCUCAAUCAGCAACCUCAGGCCAAUAUGAUUCAGUCUACAAAUGUCAAGUCAGUCCAUGCUGCUGCCCCAGGAGAAGAACCUUGGAGAAUCAAGAAGCAGCUGGAGGAUGAGGUCCAGAGGAGGGAGCAGCUAGAGAGAGAAAUUGAGACUAUCCAGUCUGACAUCUAUGUCCUUGAAGGACAGAAGCCCCAGGACACAAUUGUCAAGAAGGAGCUGAUCAAAAAGGUUGCUGACCCCCAGCUGGACGAGGAAGUCCAUAAGGUCCAACAGAAACUUUCAGAAGAGCGCCGCACUACCCAUGUCCUGGUGAAUGACCUUGAGGUACUAAAGUUGAAGUUGCGUGGCCUUGAGACAGAGGUCAAAGAAGGGGCACAGCAAUACACGGUCAAGGAGGUCUUGCGCAUAGAAAGAGACCGUGAUCAGGAGGAGGAAAUGCGCAAGCUUCGGGAAGAGCUUGAUGAGCUAAGAAGGCAGAAGUUGAUGAAAGACAAUGAGCUGAUUCAGAUAACAAAGCAGGUGACACUUCUAGCUGAAGAGAAGAACAAAGAACAGGAGGUGAUCACUGAGGAGGAAGUGAUUAAAGUGCAGAAUGAUCCCCAACUCGAAACAGAGUACCGGGUGCUCCUUGACCGGAGACAGAAGGAAAUGGAUGGCAGGAAGCAGCUGGAGGAUGAACUGCAAUUUCUUCAAGAGAAGCUCCGAAGGAUGGAGAAGGAAAAAUCAAUGGCCGAGGAGAAGAUUUCCAUCAAAGAGGUUCUGAAAGUAGAGAAAGAUAUUGCCUUUGAAAGGGAGGUAGAAAACCUCAAAAGGCAGUAUGAAGACGAGAAGGGCAAACGAAGAUCAUCACAGCGAGAAAAGGCUGACCUCCAGAGGAAAAUUUCCAGCCUAGAGGAGGAGAAGUCCAAGGUUGUUAUUCAGGAGAAGGUGCGGGAGAUCGUCCGCCCUGACCCCAAAGCUGAGAAUGAGGUGGCCAAUCUCCGGCUUGAACUUGUAGAGCAACAGAGGCGUUGUAGGGAUGGAGAGGUCCAGGUUAGAUCACUACAGGAGGAGCAUACCAUGCUGAGGAACAGAGGACCUCAAGUGGAGGUCAAAGAGAUCAUCAAAGAAGUCAUCAAAUACAAGACAGAUCCACAGACUGAAAGAGAACUUGAGAGACUUCGCAAUGAAAUCAUAGAUAAAACACACCAGACUGAGAAAUCUGAGAUGGAAAUCCGCCAACUUCGUGAUGAAAUUGUAAGAUGGAAGGACACCAAACCCCAAGUGCAGACUAAAGAGAUAGUCAAUGAAGUUCUGCAAUACAGAGAAGACCCCAAGACUAAGGAGGAAAUUGAUAUUCUCAAAAGGAAACUGGCUGAUGAACAACAGAAACGCCUCGACCUUGAGAAUGAACGGUCAGGCCAAGAAGAGAAGAUCAGACUGAGGAAAAUCGAUCUGUCUCAGGUCCGCGAGAAGUUUGUUCAACGAGAAGUGGUCAAGAUGGAAGAAGACCCUCUCCUCAGAUCAGAGUGCAACAGCUUCUCACAAAAUAUCAGCAAUGAGCAAAAACAAAAGGAAAGCCUGAAAACUGAGCUCUCCCAACUGCAGAGACAGAAGUCUGACCUUGACCUGCAACUGGAAGAACUGGAGCGUGAGCGCAGGGCAAGGCGUGAUGCAGAAUUGGAGAUCCAAAGGCUUCGGGUCAGACUUACUGAGCUGGAGAUCCGAGACAAAGAGAACCGUGAGAAGGUGACUGUCAAACAGAAGGUAGUCCUGCAACAGGAUCCCCAACAGGAGAAGGAACACUCCAUUCUCAGACUACAGCUUGAUGAAGAGAAGCACAAACGCACUCUGCUCGAGAAAGAGUUGAAUAUCCUCAUCCAGCAGCAGCUCACCCUGGAGAAGAUGGAUGUGAAGGAAAGAGUUGUCCGCACUGAGAAAGUCCAAGUUGAAAAGGACCCAGAGGCUGAGAUUGAGAUUGAGAACCUAGGAAGGACUCUGGAUGAAGAGAAAAGGAGAAGGAGAGAACUUGACCAGGAGUUGGCCAACCUCACCUCAAGGCUCUCUGAUAUGGAGUUCACAAACACCAAAUCUUCAAAAGAACUGGAAUACAUCCGUGAUGAAAGUGGCCGUGUGCAGCAAGAAAACCAAAGGCUGCAGAAUGACAUCCGCAGGCUUCGGGCUGAGAUCGAGAUCACCAGCAAAGAGACUCGUAUUAUCACUGAGUCUGCACCAAGGGAGGAAGGAAAGAACCUGGAAUUGAGGCUUGAUUCACUCCAGAAAGAACUAUCAGAGCUCAGGGGCAUAACCGACCAGAAGGAUGACGAGAUCGAGAGGCUUCAAAAGAACCUGGUGGCAGUGAGAAUGAAGAAGGAACAGAGGGAGAGCCAUCUGCGUAGGUCUAUCGUGGUCAUUGACCCAGAUACAGGCAAGGAGAUGCGACCAGAAGAGGCCUUCAAACUAGGGCUGAUUGACUGGAAGAUGUUCGUCAACCUGCAGAGCCAGGAGUGUGACUGGGAGGAGAUUACGGUGAAGGGCCCCAAAGGAGAAUCCUCAGUUCUUCAUGACAGAAAAUCAGGGAAAAAGUUCUCCAUCGAUGAUGCAUUGCGUCUCGGGCACAUCACUAAUCGCCAGCUUCAGCAGUACAUAAACAAAGAAAUAUCCAUCCAGGAGUUUGGCGUAAUGGUGUCAGGCAAAAGCAAGUAAACGCAAACAUGCUAAGGAAGAGGAUUUUUCAGUUGUUUCCUCUGUUGCAUCUCUGUUGUUUAACAAUCUCCUUGUGUUUUAUUGUACUUCCACUCUGACUUUAAUACUAUGGUGACUUGGCAUUACUGUAACGAUGAUUACUAAUUGUAUUUAUUUGCUUAUGAAUAUUCAAUUUAGUGGUACUGGCAUAAAUAUAUGGAUUGAUGUUAGUAUUAUUAUGGCCAACUACAUAACAAUUUAUGUGGUAGGAAGAGUUUGCUCAGCCAGGCUUUAAUUUCUUACACCGGGUACGAGGGAGAGGACAUAUCUUUGCAUAUCUUUAUUGGAUAUUGCCAUUGAAAUUCACAUGGGUACUAAAAGUUUCAUUUGGUUUUGUGGUUUUCCCAGGUUUACUGGAACAGAUGUUUGCUCUUUAAUCUUCAAUAAAAGUCAAAUCAAACUGGAAAA